UAUACGUGUGUGCCCAUCCAUAUGUAUAUGAUAUUCAGUUAAUGUGCAGCUAUGUAACUUUUUCUCCAAUAUGCCAUCUUGGACUGUGAUGUCCUGAGAAGAAAAUUAGACUGCUCCUUGAGGAACCUGAGGUAGUUAAAUCUCAGUCUGGUUCAUACCUAUUCAUAUUAACAAACUGACCCUUUCACUCAUGCAGGGUUUCAGAUUUCUGCUCCUGCAUUAGUGCUUUGCUGCACUCCACGUUCAGUAUAAAUAUAUCUGCUAGCUCUACAUCUGUCAUACAAAAUACAUAAGAAAUGCCCAACUUUAUAAUCAACUGCUUCCUUCACUUUUCAGUCUUAAGCACAGGCUAUGUACUGAACAUAUGGAAUUUUACAAAUACCGACUGCAUACAUUAUGGUUAUUCUUAACAUCUGUAGCACCUGUUAAGCGGCUCCAUGCUUCUUUGUGAUUGAGUUCAGAUGGAGAAAAUGGAACAGAUGAAAAAAGAAAGGCAGGAAAAUCGCCUACUGUGUGGCUGCAUACCCCUACCAGUGAAAUGGAAUAUUUUGAUGACUAUAAAAAAGUUGAUGUUGCUAGGACAAAGAGCAGUGCAGAUAGUCCAUUCCCAACAACUGAUAUCAAGAGCGACUCCAAGAUCGAAAGGAAAAAACGUACCUCAAACCAGCUGAAGGCAAAUGCACACUUUCAUAAGCUGUUUCUAGAUGUUCCCAUUGAUGAGCCACUGAAACAAAGCUUUACCUGUGCCCUGCAGAAAGAAAUUCUGUACCAAGGAAAGUUAUUCCUUUCUGAUAACUGGAUUUGCUUUCAUUCCAAGGUUUUUGGUAAAGACACUAAGAUUAGUAUACCUGUGCUCUCGGUGACAGUUCUGAAGAAAACCAAAACUGCCCUUCUUGUGCCAAAUGCUCUGAUCAUUGCAACAGUCACAGACAGGUACAUGUUUGUUUCCUUACUCUCCAGAGAUACCACCUACAAGCUAUUAAAAUCUAUCUGUAGACAUCUUGAGGAUACAAGCAUGGGCAACAGUCCAAAUCCCUCUUCUGCAGAAAACAGCUUCAGGGCUGAUCGUCCUACAAGUCUGCCCCUGGAUUUCAAUGAAGACUAUUCUGAUCUGGAUGGAAUAGUGCAGCAGCGGAGACAAGAGAUGGAAGAGUCCAGCAGCACAGGCUCACAGACCCCAGAGCUGGAAUGCUUCCAAGAUUAUCAUGUCUUUGAGACACAGACUCACCUGAAGGUUUCCAAGACUGAGUCCAUCCGCUCAAAUGCACACAGUAAACAUGGCCCUGACGGAAAAGCCCAAAACAGUCCUCAAAGUGGCCGUUCUGAAGUCUUCAGGUUCUUUCACAAAGUGAAGUCCCAGAAGCUAUUUUCUCUGAACCAUCUACUUGUACUUUACGCAGUUCUUGUUUGUGUACUAAUAUUUUCUACCUUCUACAUGAGAUAUAAAAUCAGCGUUCUGGAGGAACGUCUUAUUUCCAUCACAUCCUUUGAUUCACAUGUUAAGGAACGUCCAGUGCAUCAAGAUUUGGGAUCUCAUCUGCAGAUUAAUGCUGAUGCCUUCUGUGACGAGUUAACUGCUAAUCUUAUAAAACUGGAAAAGAUACAGAGCAACUUACAAAAACUACUUGAAGAUGGUGAAUGAAACGUUGCUGUUCUUGGACUGCUUCGAACCUCGUUCUCUCUUGACAAACAGUUAGAAAGGAGCUCUGCUGGCCAGAGUUCAAACUGCUUUAUUUUCAGUCCAAGCCAAGCUUAAACUACUGUAAAGUCAUAAUGCAGAAAGUCAGUUUGUUCUUGAGCAUGUAUCUACACAUUUUGAAAACAUACAUGUUUUCUGCUUCUGCAGAGGAGUUGGAGUAGAUGAUCUCUAAAGGUCCCUUCCAACCCUACCAUUCUAUGAUUCAAUGAUUCAUCUAUGUAUAUCUAUAUGCUUUGAAAAGAAGGGGAUUUUUUUCUUCUCUCUUUUGUGUGAAUUAGUGGAUUUUAUAGCUUGCUUGAUUCUAGACCUGCUUACACCAGUGCAAAUCUGGUGCAUCUCCUUUUACCUCAGUGUUUGCUUUCUGCCUGUUGUCAUACAAGUGCAAAUGGGAAGAAUGUCAGUCGUGACUCACGUGCUGAAGUAUUUCGUGAAUGUGGUGAUAUCUGUUAUGGCAAUGGUUAUUGAUUGGUGCUGUGCUCUUCAUUUUUGCUUUUGUGCCCUGGCAUCCCAAAGAUCAGAAAAUAGACACCUCUGGUUUUGGUUAUGUGACACUCUUGAGUGUUAAAGGUGUGGUCAGUUCUCAGAUGCUGUAGAAAGGCUCAAUUCUACUUUCUGUGGCAUUGCAUCACUGCUCAGGAUAAGAUGUUUUGCUUCUGGACAUUCAGUUUCUGUUGAAGUCAGGCUUGAAAUGUGUACAGUCUUGCCAACAUAUAGUUGAGUUGCUUUUGAGUCACAGUGUGGGAGUGACAUGUCUGCACAACUUAGAAUUACUGCUAGGUUUUUUUGUCCACUCACAUGGUCUCUGUCCAUUAAGUUAAUCAGUGUGAAGACCCUCAGUCAGCUUUCCUUGGGGUUGCGUGUGGAUUUGGUUGGCUGAGCAAGUGCUGUUUGUGCUGCAGUUGAUGCAAAUCUAGUCUUGGUAUGUGACUCUGGGAAUCAGAUAUUUCCCCAUAUUAGGAACUGGUGAAUUAGUGAUUCAGCAAUGCAAACAAAUCAGUAGAGUGAAUGAAAAAUCAGAGACCUGCUUUAUUAUCAUACUGGGUUUUUUCACAGUGCCUAAGAUGGAAUAACUGGGGAUUUUUAGCUUUCUGAUUUCACCAAGCAGGCUGAUUGUUUUUUUCAAAAGCAAUAUUUAGGAUAAUUACAACAAGCAUCUUCAAAGUACCUAUUGUUUAUAAUAUGCUAUGCAUUUUAUAACCAUU